AUGAUUCAAUACAAGGUUGGUUUGUAUGAUUUCAAGGACUUGUCUGGUUUGGUUGAAGCAAAUAUCUCCUUCUCCCGUAAAGCACAAUAUUAUAAAGAGUGGAGUAAGAUCAUUAGGUCGCUAUCUCAUGUGAAGCGUCUUACGGUCCCGAGUUGGGGGCUUAAGCUUGUUGAUGACUUCUACUCCUCCAACUCCUGUAACAAAUCCAGGAGCACCAGGCUUCUUGUGGAUUGUACAAAGCACAAAGAACACAUUAUAAGGAAGCUUCAAACGCAUUUUGUGAUCCAUUAUCAUCAUGAUCAGAAUCAAGAGACAUUACAGUGGCAACAGUAA